AUGUCAACGGUUUCUGCAAAUAUGGCAGGAAAGCCUCAUAAUUCUACCAGAUCAAGGCCAAUGAGCUUAUACACUACACCGCCAUUGGAACUACCCGAAGAGCCUGACCUGGACAGCUCCAAUACCAAGGAACUCCAAAACCUCAAAUAUCAAAAGUUUACUUAUCGGCUACUGACUUUUUCAGUAAAUCUGCCGAGUUCAGUGAACUCUACAUCACCCACUGCUCCCUCCACCACCACUACUACUAAUAAUAAUAACAACAACAAAAAUAACAAUAUCAAUAAUAAUAUCAAUAAUAAUACUACCACCACCACUACUAAAUCAGCAACGAGGAAUAUGAAAGAACCGCAAAGGCAACCCAGCACCAACAAUAGUCCUCUAAAAACAGGAUUGCGAACGCCCAUGGCUAAUGGUGCAAGCUUUUCGCAAACACCAAGUGCACCACCUUCGCCAAAAACACCUACAAAUGAAAUAUUUAUAAGCACCUGCAAGGAACCAAUGUUUGAGCUUAAAACACCCCAAACUGAUUUCAAAAAGACUCCUACUAAACGCAUGAGUCUACCACCAAAUUACCUUGAACCCCAUUCACCGUUUUUGAAGCAACAAAAUGAAUCAUUAUUAGAGGAAAAACCAAACAUUAAAUCACCCUCAAGAAUAUUCAAAAGACUAUCAGGCAUGUUUGGACGACACACAACAAAAUCACUGCCGACUGGCAAACAAUUGACUGAUUUGGGAAAAGAAAACGACCUAAAAAAACAUUAUGGUGGUGAAUUGCAGCAACAACCACAAACUAAUCGCACUGUUUACAAGACACAGAAGUUUCAAACAACACCAACGACUCUGCCCACUCACACAUUUGUAUUUCCAGCACUAAACAGAUUUGAUACCCUUUCGGAGAAACAAAUCAAGACACUUUCCUUAUCUUCAAAAACCUCAUCACUUUCACCACAAAAUAAUAUUUUUCAAAACACUCCACAGUCAAGCUACCCACCUUCCAACAAUAACUCUGAUCUCAUUGAUGUCUCAAAAAUUGACAUCAAUGACUCGACUUUUACUGUAUACGACACCACAAUUGACUCCUUUGACACAAGUAUCCCUAUUAGAUCACCAGCUCGACCAUGUCCAACAACAUUGUCUACCCCAAAAAGAGAAAAGAGCACAAACUCAUCCAUUCGAAACAAGUCAAGCGAGAAGCGCUAUAGCUCUGUUGAUGGAUACCUGUCAGUUCCAGAAGUAAAAGUUUCCUCUCCAGGCCAAUACCCGAAUGAUGUAGUGAUGCCAAUCCCGGAACCAAACCCAAGUUCAAAGCCGUCUGUAGUUGCGCCAAGACGAAGCUCAACCCUCCGCUCCCACUCUAAUAUUGCCAGUACCACCAGUAACACUAGUAACAUUAGUAACACCAGUACCACUGGUAACACCAGUAACACCAACUUUAACACUACCCCCACGAGAAGCAGAAGCAACAGCAAAAAAGCUAGUAAUAGACAUCUGAUUGCAGGUCCGCCAUCGGCUUACCCUAGCUCACAUCUGGUGCAUAGCACUCCCGCCUCUGAAGCCGAUUCCAUUUUGAAACUAAACAUUUAUCUUCAAGAAUACAAUACACCUUUGCAAUUGCCACUGCAACUGCAACUGCAACUGCUGCUGAUACUGCUAUUAGAUGGUAAACAACUAAACCAGUCUGCAAACUUCAUUGCAAUCAAGCUUAGAAAAGAUAAACUUCGAAACAUCAAUGAGCUCAUCAACGUUAUUCUCUUUAAAAUUAUGACCAAGCGACAGGAUAUUAACGUUAACGAUGUCAAGUUGAGCAUAUUUUUUCGCGAUCCAGCUUUGAAGCCUAUUGUAUUAAAGGACUGUAUUGGUGGGCAUAGACCAAACUCGAUUGCAGCCGCAAGUCCAACAAAGACCAAAAGUCCCAUUAGUAUAUACACACCAACAUUAUCGGAAGGUGAGAAGAACGCAUUUGGACAAGCACAAGAAAUCUAUAUAAACAGCGACGCUUUGCUUUUGGAUUAUGUGCAAUUGAAACGGAAAUUGUAUAUCAAGGCUCAAUUUUAG